AUGUAAAAGAGGCCUGAAGAUGCAAAAAAAGAGGAGCAGUUGUUCAUAUACUUGUAGAAAUCAUAUGCAGAUGCAUAAAAAGGAAUGCCCAAUUCAAUGAAUAAAAUCAUUGAAGAAGUUUGCCGAAAGAAUAAAGACAUACCAUAAAUAGGUUUGUGGGUUGAAUUAUUUAAUCGGCUGUUGCUUUAAUUGCAACGAAAUGGCAAUGAUGCCAAAAUGGUCAUCGAUAUAGUAUUGUAUAAAAUACCAUGGUUCACUUCUGACAAUCAUUUUUAAGUCUUACCUUAAUUCAAAAAGAUUUUGUUCACUAUUCUGUCUAUGUCUCCCUCGUAACUAAUUACUAUCUAUCGUUUCUUGGUUUAAAAAUUGAGUCUUCAAAUGCUAAUCGAUUCAGAAUAAACCAGAGAUGAUAUUCCAUGUGAAGUCAUGGGUUAGUCCUAUCCAACUAAAGCCGCAUUGUAAUAACAGAUAUUAGUAAUGGCCGAAGCCUAUUAAUUGACUGCUGAAAAUCAGAUUGUUAAACUGUCAGAAUCUCACAAAUAAUUUAUUAAAGAAAUAUUGAUUCAUCAUCCCAAAGCGGAUGAGAAGUUGAAAGGUAUGUCAGAUAUUGGAUAUGGAUACUUCCCAUCCAAAAAUAAAUCGAAAUGUUUCUAUAUAAUUAAAAAGGAUAAUUCAUAUGAGGAUAUUUCAUACUGA